AAAAAAGUACAGAGAGAUAGACACACUACACUUUCUCUCUUUCUCUCUCACACACACAAAUAACACACACACCGACGAUGCAUCCUCACCCUCUUCUGUCCGCUUCUACUUCCACUUCUACUAACCGACGAGAUAUUCCCCGCUGUCAAAGAUUCCUCCACCACCGUGGAGGGCCCCAUUAAAAACUAUUACUUUCAUUCCCCCCCACCCCCACCCCCAAAUCUAAUCUUAAUCUAUUUCUUUUCUUUUCUUCCAAUUUUUAUUUUGUGUGAUGGGGUGUGUGGGUUCCAAGCCCGAAGAAUCACCCGCGGUGGCGUUAUGCCGUCAACGCUGUACUUUCCUUGAUGAUGCGAUCCAUCAGCGUUAUGUUUUAGCAGAAGCUCAUUUAGCUUACUGUUAUUCUUUAAAAAACGUUGGUGUAUCGUUACGUAAGUUUUUUGAUGUUCACUCUGCUGUUGCUGCUUCUGGUCACGGCGGUGAUAGUCCGCCGUCACCCGUGCUUAAUUUACCUGGACAUAAAAAAGGACAGGACCCUGCAGUUGCUCAUCAUCGUCAUUCGCAUUCGGGUUCGGGUUCUUCUCAUCUUCAUUUUCAUUCGGAUGAUGAUGAAGAUGAUGAUGAUUCGGAUUCCGAAAUCGGUUUACACUCCGUAAAUGACGGUAACGGUAACGGCUUUUCACCUCCGCAACGGUAUCCUCCUCCUAAUUUAAUUUAUAAUAAUAAUAAUAUUAGGAAUGAUCAAAAUGAAAUUGAAACUGAAACCCUGGGUUCUAGUUAUUACCCCCCACCCGGUUAUCCUCCGGUUAAUUAUCCCCCAACCGGUUUUCCACCGGUUAAUUAUCCGCCUGCCGGUUAUCCUCCUGCAGGAUAUCCACCGGCAGGCUACGGUUAUCCUCCUGUGGACUUUCCGCCCGCCGGAUAUCCACAGGAGGGUUACGCUACUACUCGAUAUAACAUGAAUUUCAUGAGAAAGCAACCAACGCCGUCAGUGGUGUACCAGCAACGGCCGAUGAAUCCGGAGGCUAUACAUUACGGUGAAGCAUCUACGUCGUCUUCGUCGUAUUAUAAUAGCAAUGGUUAUGGUAAUUAUCAGAACAAUGAGAACCCGAAUGCGUCUUAUGCGUAUAAUAAUGAGUAUUCUGGAUAUGGUGAGUUGUUUGGGGGGUCUUCUAGACAAGCUCCCUAUGGUGGUAUGGUGUCAGCACAAGGGAAUGUACAGAACGAGGCGUCGACUUCCGGGGCUAAACAACAGCCACCGCCUCCACCUCCACCUCCGCCUCCAGCUAGCUCAAGUUGGGAUUUUUUGAAUCCGUUUGAGACUUUUGAUAGUUAUUAUCCUCCGUAUACACCGAGUAGGGAAACAGCAAGUAGGGAUUCGAGAGAAGUGAGGGAGGCAGAGGGGAUUCCUGAUUUGGAAGAUGAUGAUUACUAUCAGGAAGAAGUUGUUAAAGAAAUACAUUCUACAAAUCCGAAAUUCGUCAAUGAUGGGGGCGGCGGUGGUGUAGGAGGCGGAGGUGGUGGUGGGGGUAAUUUAGAUUCGAAGAAGGCGCCGGUUGUUGAGGAAGAGAGUGAGAAAAGUCCUGCUGGCGAUUUGCAAUACAGAAGUGGGCCGACUGUUCCUGAUGAAGAACCUGUUGAGUUUGAGGUUCAUGUGGUGGAGAAAGGCGAGACAUCUAGAGGGGAUAAACCUCCUAAUGAGUUUCAUAGUGAUUCAGAAGUUGUAAAAGAAAUUCAAAUCCAGUUCGACCGUGCUUCAGAGUCUGGGAGUGAGUUAGCUAAGAUGCUUGAAGUUGGAAAAGUUCCACAUAACCGAAAACAUGCUGCCUAUCAAGUUCCCUCAAAGAUGUUGAAUGUCUUUUCACCGUCAUUAGCUGUAACAGCUUCUAAAACCUCUGAUCCUGACAACUUAGAUGUCGAUGUAGAUUUAAGGGCAAAGUCUAAUAAUCUGUCAUCUACUUUGCAUAAACUUUAUUUGUGGGAGAAGAAAUUGUAUGAUGAAGUCAAGGUUGAGGAGAAAAUGAGGUUACUCCAUGAUGAGAAGGAUAAAAAACUAAAACGUUUAGAUGAGAAGGGUGCUGAACAACACAAAGUUGAUGCAACAAGAACUUUAGUUAGAAGUCUAUCAACCAAGAUUAGAAUUGCAAUUCAGGUUGUUGACAAGAUCUCUGAGCAAAUCAACAAAUUGAGAGACGAAGAUCUGUGGCCGCAACUAAAUAACUUCAUUCAAGGGUUAACAAAAAUGUGGAGGUCAAUGCUCGAGUGUCAUCGCAGUCAAUGUCAAGCCAUUGGAGCAGCUAAACGGUUAGAUGCCAUUGCUUCCCACAAACACUUUUCUGAUGACAGUUUAGAAGCCACAUUACAACUUGAACAUGAACUUCUAAACUGGACUCUUCGAUUCUCAUGUUGGUUUGGAGCACAAAAGAGUUUUGUGACAUCAUUAAACAACUGGCUUCUAAAAUGUCUUUUGUACAUACCUGAAGAAACCGCUGAUGGACCAGUUCCGUUCUCGCCUAGCCGAAUAGGUGCACCAACCGUUUUCAUAAUAUGUAACCAGUGGGCUCAAGCCAUAGACCGGAUCUCUGAUAAGGAAGUGGUGGAGUCGAUGCGGGAUUUUGUGAAAGUUGUUCUUCAGUUAUGGGAACGAGAUAAGCAAGAAAUGAGACGGAGGUUGGUAAUGCAUAAAAACAUGGACAGAAAGGUUAAGGAUUUGGAGAGGGAAGAUCAAAAGAUUCAUAAAGAGUUACAAGUGCUCGAUAAACGGAUAGUUCUUUCUUCAGUUGACGAUAAUGGACUCUCAGCAGUUUUUCAGAGCGAGACUAGUAAAACUGUUAGCGCACAAACGAAUCUAAGACUUGUUUUUGAAGCCAUGGAAAGAUUCACUGCAGCAUCUUUGAAAGUUUGUGAGGAACUAUUGCAGCGUAUAGAAGAAGACAAAGUUUCUCGAGAGCAACAGAGAGUUUCAUGACAUACCAUGAAAAGAAUUAUAUACAACCAAAGAAUGGAACCAAAAGGGUUGAGUUAUGGUCCAUUGGGGGUCACAGCUAGAUCGUCUAGCUGAUCAUGCAUUCAGGAGCUCCAACCCUGAGUUUGCAAAUGCUUGACAUGAUUCAGUCAAGGGUUAAGAUACGUGGAGUCCUUGCUUUUGAUUGCAGCUGGCACGCGACUCGAUUUUCAAAUGAAAGCUAGAUGGCCUUCUAAAGGCCUCAAUUUUGGUAAGUGAAUGUAGGCUGUUUUUUGUUUGUUUAUGUUUUAACGUAGAUACAGUAGAUAGUACUUAGUAGGAUAGUCUAUGUCCAAUUUUUGCAUCCAUUUGUUUCGUGUAGCUUCUUGUUUUCAUCUGUGUGCGCCUCAUAUUAAAGCUACAAAAUGAAGGCGAGAACAAGGCUCGGUUCCUUGCUGGCGUCACUCUUCAAGUUGGAUUCAACAUUGAUUGAUUUUAUUGGUAGUGGUACCAACGAGUCAAGAUGCUGACUAUGAAUCGAACUUGGAGAGGAAGGGAUCUGUACUUCUUCCAUGGCUGCCCUUUGCUCCAACACCUUGAUGGAAGUUGCCUUUCGGUAUACUUUACACAGCACCAUUUCCUGCUAAUAACCAAUCAAGUACGCCAGCAGUUCAAAUGGAGACCAGGCAAUUUCAAUCUUUAGUCUGGUCAGAUUUGGGCUUUAUUUUACAUCUAUCAAUCUCAAAGCAGAAAACGGGUUUAACAAUUUCAAAAAUGGCAAAAACGGGUCAAACAAUGUAAAGUGACAUUUGACAAUAUUAGUUACUUGUAUUUUUCUUAAAUAA